AUGGAACUCUCUGAUUCUCAGGAAGCUGUUACCCAGCUGAAUGUUCCUGGGCCAGCUCUGGCUUUCCAAAACAUCAGUUACUUUGUCCCCAUCACCAAGUCCUUUUUCUCAAAAGAAGUAGAAGAAAAGGAAAUUCUCAGGGAUGUCAGUGGCAUUAUGAAGCCUGGAAUGAAUGCCAUUUUAGGACCAACCGGAAGUGGCAAAACCUCACUCCUUGAUGUACUUGCGGGGUGGAAGGACCCGAAGGGGCUUAGAAGUGGACAAAUCUUCAUGGAUGGGAAGUCAGCAAACUCACAGUUUCACCUAUGCUCUGCUUACAUAGUGCAGGAGGAUAUUCUGAUGGGAACACUCACUGUUCGUGAGAACCUUCAGUUCUCUGCCAGCUUGCGCCUCCCACAGAGCCGGAACAGUGAAGCAGAAAAGCAGCUGAAGGUCAAUGUAGUAAUACAGGAGCUGGGGCUACAGGAGUGUGCUGACACCAAGAUUGGCACUGAGUUCUUGCGUGGUGUCUCAGGGGGUGAGAAGAAGCGGUGCAGCAUUGGCAUGGAACUAAUCACUGCACCUUCACUGAUAUUCCUGGAUGAGCCAACUACGGGACUGGAUGCCAACACAGCUAAUUCCAUCAUGCAGCUGCUGCACCAACUCUCCAGGAAAGGAAGAACUGUGAUUUUCUCUAUUCACCAGCCACGUUAUUCCAUCUUCCGUCUGCUUGAUCAUCUAACGCUGAUGAACAAGGGAGAAAUCAUUUAUGCAGGACCGGCCGAAGAGUCCACUGGCUAUUUCAACAGUAUUGGUUACCAGUGUGAAGCAUUUAACAAUCCUUUGGACUUCUUCCUGGAUGUCAUCGUUGGAGAGAUCAUGCAGUCCCAGCCUAGUCCAGAGCUAGCCUUAGUGAGAGAGUCCGAUUCUCAUAGCAGCUCUUGUAGUGACAAGAAUCCACUGCCCGUCUACUACCACAAGUCCCACUAUUAUGAGCAGCUGCAGGAAGAGUUGGAAAACCUACAGUCAUUCAAGAGCCACCUCAGCGAUGCAGUUCCAACAAAAGCCACCUAUGCCACCUCAUUCUUCCGCCAGCUGUAUGUUGUGAGCAAUCGCAAUGUGAAGAACAUCCUGAGGAAUCCUCAGACAUCCAUUGGUCAGCUCCUUUUGGGCACUUUCUUCUCCAUAUUGGUGGGGCUCAUUUUCUACCAAGUACCAGCCACUCUGCCUGAAGCCUUUCAGAACAGGUUAGGAGCUUUCUUCUUCCUGGUCAUCAAUCAAGUCUUUGGGAAUCUGUCUGCAGUGGAGCUCUUCAUCAAUGAGAGAAAACUCUUCAUACAUGAGAGCUCCAGGGGAUACUACAGGACCUCAGCAUAUUUUCUGGCCAAGGUGUUUGCUGAUUUGAUUCCCAAUCGUAUCAUCCCCUUGUUGAUGUUCUCUGCCAUAUCGUACUUCAUGAUGGGUCUGAAACAGGAUGCAGGAUCUUUCUUCCUGUAUGUUCUUUCCCUCAGUCUGACAAAUCUGGCAGCCGUGAGCAUGGCCUUCCUGGUGAGCGCCAGCGUCAGCACCUUCGCCAUCGCUAAUGUCUUAAUCGCACUGCCUUUCGUCUUCAUGAUGGUCUUUGGUGGGUUCCUUGUAAACCUGAACUCCAUGCUGAGUUGGCUGUCCUGGAUCAAAUGGAUCAGCAUCUUCCAUUACGGAAUGAAUGCCCUGACCAUCAAUGAGCUCACAGGAGCAGUUUUCCAUUUGAACUCUUCCAUGGUCCCUGGAGAGGUGUACUUGCAGCAGCAAGGCAUCAACUACAGCACCUGGGGCUUGUGGGAGAAUGAGGUUGCUCUCCUGUGCUUGUCACUUGCGUUCCUGUUCUUUGCCUACAUCCAGCUGUUAAGAGUGAAUCGCUGGAAGUAA